GGCUCAAGGCAGCGCUAUGUCAGUUAAGAGAGCACUGAAGUUGGACACUAUUAAAAAAGAUAAUGUAUCUGAAGCAACGCCCUUGAAGACCAAAAAGAAGAAUCUGAAUUCCUACUCUCCAACAACAGGAACAUGCCAAAUGAGUCCAUUUUCAUCUCCCACAAGUCAUAAUGUACAAAAUCUCAAAAAUGGUCCAUCAAAUGCAGAUGGAACUGAGCAGAAAGAUUCAGGGAUGGGAUUAUCCAGAAGAGGGCAGCCUCAAACAGAGGACAACAUUGAGUUCAUGGAAUUGCAGUCUAAAGUUAAAAAUUCAUUAGCUAAAAUUCUGAAAAUAAGAGAGAAUCUGAAAAGCCUACAGGCGUUAGAGGGCAGUAGAGAGCUUGAAAAUAUUAUCGGUGUCUCAGACUUGUCUUGCAUCUUGAGUGCCGAAAUGCAGAAAACCCAAGUGCUAAUGAGUCAGGCAGAAGAACUACAGCUGUUGAAAACAAACCAUCGAAAACUACCUAUGCGAGAGCCUGAUCAGCCUGCUGGGAGCUCCGAGUUCCUUAAGUCGCUCUUUGCCUGAGGCAUCAUGUGAAAAAUGCAUUCCACAUCAACCCAAAGUUCUACAUCUGCUUGAUUGUACUUAAAAGGAGAGAAGAAAUGACUGUAAACCUAUCUCCCCAGCAAAUACCAGUUAGGGACUGCUCACUGCGCUGGGCAGGUGCACAUCUAGAUAAAAUUUCUGGCAUCUAUUUAAACUUAACAAUGUGCACAACCAGAUAAUCUCAAUGUAAAUAAUACAUUUCUUCGUGGUUGCUUUAUCCAAGUGUGGUGCUAAAUGCUGAUUUAGAUUUACCGCUGCAUGGAAUUAAGCUAUUUCUUAUGUAGGCUUCUUCUUUUGUAGGCUCUCG